ACAUCAGGGCGUGUUUACAUGAGAAACCACGUCACCUCUCGUACUGAAAACACGGUCAUACACCAGUGACAGUUUACAUUUACACUGGGAAAAGAUGGUCUCCUUGCAUGAUGCCUUCAUCCUCUCUGUCCUGAUCACAGUGUCAUUGGCAUAUGAAGAAUGCUACAUGCGACAGAAACGGUCAGGUGCAAGCCCUGGGGGCAGACCCGACAAUGGACCAGAGAAGAAACUGACAUGUGCUGACCGAUGCUGUGGGAACAUUGACUCGCGGUAUUGUUGCUCUACAAGCGCUACCACGUCUGGUUUGUCGACUCCCGCGGUUGCUGGCAUCGCCGUUGGGGUCGUCGCUCUCAUCGGAAUUAUCGUCGGAAUCACUCUGUACUGCGUGUGUUGCCGGAAGUCUUCGAGAAGAGAACAAGGCCGAGCUGUGAAGACAAACAAACGAGCUGUCAAACCAUCAGGUACUCCGAAACCGGCCUUUAACCCUGGGUACGGUUACCCUGCUCAGCCACACCCAGGUGGCGCCCCACCGGCGGGACUAAGUUACCCUCCCCCACCCUACUCGCCACCAACACAAAUAGUCUCCAUAAAGCCCACGGCACCAGCCUACGUCCCUAACUCCAGGAAGGCCUCACCUCCCCAGGUCGACCCACCGACAAUGAAGAAGACCCCAAGUCCUACAUCCGAGUACCCAGCAUCCGUCAGCGACAGCCAUGUCUAUGAGACCAUUCCUUAAUGAUUUUGCCUUAAAGAGAACCAUGAAGAUUUUCGGUCAACCUUUUAGCCUUGUAUUUUGUGACUUGUGUCAAUAUGUUUCAAUGUGCCUUAGUAACAAGGGUGACUUUAAAGCAGGCUUUUAAAUGUCCUGUGCACAUUUUAUGAAAAAUAUAACACCAAAAGAUGAUACGUUUAUUAGAUAAAACAUCAACGAAUGAGAAUAAAGAUUGUCGAUUA